UCCCGGUUGUAACUCCUCCGCGGAAGCGCCCGGACUCAGAAGGUCCCCCGACGCCGAGGAUGCGGGUCAUGCGGCCCCCCACCCUCCUCCUGCUGCUCUCGGGGGCGCUGGUCCUGACCCCCAGCCGGGCCGGCCCCCACUCCCUGAGCUAUUUCGACACCAUCUGGUCCCGGCCCGGCCGCGGGGAGCCCCGGUACCUCUCCGUCGGCUACGUGGACGACACGCAGUUCGUGCGGUUCGACAGCGACGCGGCGAGUGGGAGGAUGGAGCCGCGGGCGCCGUGGAUGCAGCAGCCGUGGGUGGAGCGGGAGGACCCGGGGUACUGGGACCGGAACACGCUGAGGGCCAAGGGAACCGAACAGACCCUCCGAGGGAACCUGCAGACCGCCCUCGGCUACUACAACCAGAGCGAGGACGGGUCUCACACCUUCCAGGAGAUGUAUGGCUGCGACAUGGGACCCGACGGCCGCCUCCUCCGCGGGUAUGAGCAACACGCCUACGACGGCACCGACUACAUCGCCCUGAACGAGGACCUGACCUCCUGGACCGCGGCCGACAUGGCGGCUCAGAUCACAAAGCGCAAGUGGGAGGAGGCGGGUGAGGCAGAGCGUUACAGGAGCUACCUGGAGGGCCUGUGUGUGGACUCACUGCGCAUGUACCUGGACAAAGGGAAGGAGACCCUGCUGCGCGCAGACCCUCCAAAGGCACACGUGACCCACCACCCCGUCUCUGCCCGUGAGGUCACCCUGAGGUGCUGGGCGCGGGGCUUCUACCCUGCGGACAUCAGCCUGACCUGGCAGCGUGACGGGGAGGACCAGACCCAGGACAUGGAGCUGGUGGAGACCAGGCCUGCGGGGGACGGCACCUUCCAGAAGUGGGCGGCCGUGGGGGUGCCCCCUGGCGAGGAGCAGAGAUACACGUGCCAUGUGCAGCACGAGGGGCUGCCCGAGCCCCUGACCCUGAGAUGGGAGCCGCCUCCUCAGACCUUCAUCUUCAUCAUCCUGGGCAUCGCUGGGGGCCUGGUUCUGCUGGGAGCUGUGGCUGGAGCUGUGAUGUGGGGGAGGAGGCGCUCAGGUGGAAAAGGAGGGAGCUACGCUCAGGCUGCCAGCAGUGACAGCGCCCAGGGCUCUGAUGUGUCUCUCUCGGCUGUUAAAGCGUGAGGAGCUGCCCUGUGGGGACUGAGUGAUGGAAGGUGUGUCCACGCUCCCACUUCCUGACUCAGGAACCUCUGAUGGGGGGCUGGCCCCGCCCUGCUCCCCACACUUUCCUGUCAGCAGAGGAGGCUGUGCCCUCCCCUCCCUGCCUUUCCUCCCAGGUGCUCUGAGCUGCUACUUCCUGCUCCGAAUUCUAAUGAGAUUCUGGCUGUGACUCUGCUUGUUCAUUUCUUGCCAAGAAGCCUUGGGGGUUAAUUAAAGGGGAAGAUCCUAAAUUCUGCGAGAAAAUAAAUUGAAGCUCCAAGAAC